CUUGUCUUUAAAGCCCGAGCCCCCUCUCUCUCCACCUCCGUCUCCGCCUCCUCUCUCCCUCUCUACACUCCAACCCACCACCGCCCUGCGGCCGGGCCUCACCCUCGCCGUACUCUCCCCUGACCCUCGACCGCCGCGCGUUGCUCCGUGCUCCUCCCUUCCGCAAACCGUCGCUGAAUCUCGCCGCUCUUCCCGUCUGGUUUAGAUUCUCUCUCGCUCCCGACCGGGGGCGCGUCCGUUUCUCGUCCGAGAGGCCGGAGGGCUCCGCGUGGCCGGAGCCUGGGGGAGGCGCCGCCGUCCUGGCGUGCAUGGAGCCGAAGAUGGAGUCGGCUUCGCUCAAUCUCGAAGACAAUGGUGACCACCAACCUUCUUCAGAAACUUCCAUCGCUUCAGAUUUGAUAUAUGAUGACUCGCCAGUACCUCCAUGCAUUGGAAGUGAGCACCAGGCAGAAAUCCCCAAUCUGGCUACAGAAGAUGAGCGCCAUGAGCUCAUGGCUGGUUCACUCAACGGCUCCACAUCACAUGGCUAUGGUUACCCUAUUGUGGUUGGGUUAGCUCUACCAAUUAUGUGGGCAUCACCAAGUGAAGUCAAUAAGAAAGAAGAGGGAUUGCAAAUGCAAAACGUUUCAGAAUCUGAAACAAGAGGCAGCAGUGGUGAUGUGCAAAGUCAGAUGACCUCAACUUGUCCAAUCAACAAUAACACAAGCAAAUGUGAUACAACAUGCCAGGAUCAACAUACAGUGUUGCCUGCAGUGCAGACUGAGCGUGACAGUAAUCAAGCACAUGAUGAUAAAAUGCCUCCUUGCCCCACUCAAGAAGGCGUGCACGUCACCAAUUAUCCAAUGAUGCAGCAGAUAGGAACCGAACAAUUAAAUCCGCUGCCUUAUUCACCCAUUGCCCUAUGGACUGAUCUUGAGGCAGAGCUUUUUCUCCUUGGGCUCUACAUUUUUGGCAAAAAUCUCAACCUGCUGAGCAGGUUUCUUGGUACUAAGACUGUUGGUGAUGUGCUUUCAUACUACUAUGGGAAGUUCUACAAAAGGGAUGCAUACAAAAGAUGGUCGGACUGUAGAAAGGCCAAAACUAGAAAAUGCAUUCUUGGGGAACGCAUUUUUCAAGGAUGGCGACAGCAGGAGCUAAUAUCACGUCUGAAAUCUAAAAUCCCUAAAGAAGCUCAUGAUUCAUUGAUUGAGGUUUUCAAAUCCUUCAGUGACAGCCAAACAUCUUUGAAGGAAUUUGCCUUCGCUCUGAAAUCCAUUGUUGGAACAGAAGUUUUUGUGGAGGCAGUCGGGGUUGGUAAAGGGAAGCAUGAUUUGACUGGAUUUGUUACGGACCAAUCUAAACCCAAUCAAGCUCUCUCUGUUCAUGGCGAUUUGCUGACAGGCAAAGAUUGUUCGUCACUUGCUUCAGAAGAUAUAAUUAAAUUCUUAACUGGUGAUUUCAGAAGAAGUAAGACAAGAUCAAAUGACAUUUUCUGGGAAGCUGUCUGGCCCCGUUUGCUUGCAAAAGGGUGGCACUCAGAGCAGCCAAAGGAUGUCAGCACAACUAAAAAUUGCCUUGUAUUUCUUGUGCCGGGUAUAAAGAAGUUCUCGAGAAGUAAACUCACUAAAGGCACCCAUUAUUUUGAUUCUGUGAGCGAUGUCCUAAAAAAGGUGGCCGCUGAUCCUGUUCUUCUUGAGUUUGAGGCUGAUGGGGUAGAGCAUGGUUUAAAUGCUGAGAAAAAUGGCAGUAUAACAGAAAUGAAACUGAACCAAGACAGUCCUUUAGAUGGAUAUCAGGAGCUUCCUAAGUUCACAAUAAUUGAUACUAGCUUAGUCGAAGGGGAAGAGCCCUUCAAUGUGCGGGAGCUGAGGAACUUACCUGCAGAUGCAAAUAUCAGUUUUGUCCUUUCACACCAUGCAUCUAAUAUGGUGAGUUACAGUUCCUCCGAGGAGGAAGAUGCCAGCGAUAGAUCAUCAGAUGACCAGGAAGAUUGUGGACGAGUUACAGCUGAGGCUAAGGAAAUUGAAAUGGUUUCAGUGGGUUCAUUGCAAAACAUGGUGACUGCUAAUGGUCAUUCUUCUAAUGGCAAUGAUGAUAAAAUUGAUUUGACAGGCAUCUAUGGCAUCAAAACAAAACCUGAAAGGCGCAAGUAUUUGUCUCCAGUGUCAAAGCGCAGAAGAUUAACUAGCUGUAGUAAUGAACAAAGCAGCCGCCGCAGCUUUUCUUUCUCAAAAGGUGGCAGUUUGGAGAAAGAGAAAAGCAAGCAACUGCCGACUUCAAAAUCAGCUGCAGUUGAUGUUGGUGACACUUUCCAGACUAAAACAAUUGCAAGCUGUUCUACAAAGGAGAAGCCAUCUGAGCAGAAAAUGAAUGCAUCAAACUCUGUUACCAAUGAUGGGCAAAAUGAGAGAAUGGUCAUGGAGAACUUAAUUGAGGACAAGUCGUUUGAGCAUAAGGCUGAUGCAGUGGCUGAAAUUCACUCAAAGAUCACCGCCGAUGAGACAAAGUAUGCCAAAGAAGGUCAUGUUAGUGGUCCGAUGAACUCAAAUAAGCUGGAGACACCACAUGAUGAUAGGGCAAGCGGCAGUAUUUGUGUCACGUCAUCAGAAAAUCAGAUUGGCAUGAAGGCUGAUGAAGCUCCCUCCAGUUCGAACAGCAACAUGGCUCGUGAUUCUUCCGUGGCAACAGGAAAACAUGUUAGUCAGCAAUCUGCUUUGGAGGCUAAUCCUCGGAGGCAUGGAACCAGAAACAGGCCUCCCACUGCAAGAGCUUUAGAAGCUCUUGCUUUUGGACUACUUGGAAGUGGGAAGCGGAAGGGUGACCCAAAGAACAUGGCAACGAACCGGCCUUCUCAGCGAGCUCGCAAAGCCACCAAAGACCCAGUCCCUACAGCUACCAGUGGUGACGCAGAGUCCAGCGUGGAUGCGGAAGCGCAUCCAUGAGCGGAUGUGUGUGCGUUCAUUGGCAUGCUGGCAUGUGCUAGCAAUCAAGUUCGCCAAGUCGAUGUUGCGGUUGAUGAAUAUCAAGCAACCAGGCGAGGCCUCCAAGUAAAGCUGUCUUCCGUUGCUGGCUGCUGGUGCACCAUACCAUUUUCUAAUGUUUACCAUACAGGAGGGCCCUGAAGAUGAGAGUGCAUGAAUCACCUUUCGUGCGAGACCCAUCCUUUGUUUUUUGUUUAGUUGAUAGAGUCGUGUGCCUGUCCAGGCUUGCAAAACCAACUUGUACUGGAGAGGCGGAGGGGAAAAUGCCAUAUUGGCGAAUUCAGUUAUGCGCUUUACCGUGAUUAAACUUUUGGUACACCGGUUUGUUAACGUUC